GUUUUGAAAUUAAAAAGAAUUUUUUGUAUGAAUUUAAUAUGUAAUGAAUGUUCUACGUUAGGUGGUAAAAAUCUUCUAUUUAUAAUCGUUACAUAUGCAUACAAAAUAUUCGACUUGUCACUAAUUUAAUUCUGUAACGAGUAUUCGAUUCGUGAUGGUAAAUUUAAAUUUGUCUUUUCGCGCUCUAUUUUUUAAUAGCAUGACGCACCACUAGGUAUCGCAUUUUUAUUUACUGACGGAAUCGUAAGUCAUUUCCAUAGUAACGGAAAAAUACGAUUUCAAAUUUCCUCACUUUCCUCCUGUUUGAUUUUCCUGUUAACUGGAAGCAAUUACUUAAGUGUCAUGAAUAACACGGAACGCUUUAGGAGUACAUCCGGACGAAGAACAUCUUCUUUAUCCGAUGGGCAACAAGGUCACCAUAAAGAACGCGAAAACAGGCGAGCAAUUCUUCCUUGCAGGACAUACAAAUUUUGUGUCCGCCAUGUGCAUUUCGCCCAAAGGAAAUUUUGUAGCUUCCGGUCAAGUUAAUCAUUAUGGUUUCAAGGCAAUGGUGAUCAUCUGGGAUUUCGCGACACGUAAAAUCAAGUCCAAGUACGAAAUGCACAAAGUUAGAGUCGAGGACGUGUGUUUUACGAGCGACGAACAGUAUCUAAUUAGUCUGGGAGGCAUGGACGACGGAUGUGUCGUGGUGUGGGAUGUCCAAACCGAGACCCCAAUUUGUGGUAUUACUCCUCCCUCUAAUACAAUUAUUUUUUCCUUUUGUUUCUACCGAAAGUUAUUUGCAGGCACGUUCGCAGGCAGCGAAAUAUUCGGAAACGCCACAAUAAUCGCGCGAACAAAUAUUUCUGGUCGGCACUUCAUCACUGCCGGCGACAGGACGAUGAAAGUAUGGAGCAUAGACGACAAAAAUCGGAAAGUACAAGGAAUCGAUGUGAAAAUCGGUAAACUCAAACGGACUAUCAACUGCGCCGUCGUAGACGAAAACGAUGAAUUUGUUUACUGCGGUACGACGUCCGGCGACAUCAUCAAAGCAAGAUUGAAUAUUCAAGAACCGGGUAAAUUCUCGGCGAUGAUCGGAUGCUACUCAAAGGUACCGAAGUGUACGAAAAGCGAGAGAGAAGUAUUCUUUGGCGGAGUGAGAAAUUUGUUGUUCUUGCCGAACAAGAAGCUGAUAGUCGGUGCUGGCGAUGGAACGGUCGAAUGGAUCGAGAUAACGGAACAUCCGAGCCCUGUCAAAGGCAAAUCGAAGAAAAACUUGAUGGUUACACCGUGCAUAGUAACGCGUCGUAGCGCGGAUGUGUGCGCCGCGGUAACAUCGUUGGUCCAUUACAAAAACGGUCUCAUACUGGUGGGGACUGCGCUGUGCGAGAUUCACGAAAUCGAACUGUCAAGCUUCCGAACGCGUCUAAUCGCCACCUGCCACACUCAUGCUAUUCAGGCUGUGGUAUUUCCUCGUAAUUGUUCGGAGAUAUUUGCGACGGCUGGAAAAAAUGACAUACGAAUAUGGAAACUGGCAACGCCGAAGGAAUUGCUUCGAAUCACCGUACCGAAUUUCUCUUGCUCCAGCCUCUGUUUCGAUAUUACUGGCGGUUCCAUAAUAUCUGCGUGGAACGAUGGCACCAUACGAGGAUUCGCUACGAAUAGCGGUCAACUUGUGUUUGCGAUUAAUUGCGCGCACACGAAACCGGUGACGGUAAUUACGAUUACCAACGAUGGCUGUAAACUGAUCAGCGGUGGUUGCGACGGACAGAUACGUCUGUGGCACGCAAAAACCGAAGCGCGACAUUUAUUGAAUGUCAUGAAGGAACAUAGAGGUCCGAUAACGUCGCUGGAGGUUUCACCCGACAACGAAAGUUUUAUCAGCUCCAGCUUGGAUGGAACCUGCGUUAUGUGGAAUCUAAGAACUCUCGAGCGCAAGUUCACACUGAGAGGAGAUACGAUGUAUGCGGCGACGUGUUUCGUUCCCGAUGGUACGCAAGUUCUGACAUGUGGCUCGGACCGAAACAUAGCUUACUGGGAGACCCUGGAUGGCUCGAUGGUUCGUCAAAUCGAAGGUUCAACAACUGAAGUUUGGUGUAAUUCAAAUGGAUGGCUACUGGAAUUAAUUUAAGCAUAGGAAUCUGAAAUUAAUCUUGUAAACAAUGAAAUUAUUUGGUAUAAUAUACAUAUGUAUAAUAUACAUAUAUUGUAUAAUAGAAUACUGUUAUAUGUAGAAGAACUGUGAGUGCCAUAUAACGAGACUGUGAUCAAAUAAUCUUGUGAUUAUCUGGUACAGUACAAUAUACAUAUAUUGUAUAAUUAAAUAUUGUUAUAUGGUCCUGAGACUGUCGAAGAACUGUGAGUGCCAUAUAACGAAACAGUCAUCAAAUAACCUUGUGAAGUCAUUGUCACAAUGAGUGCCAUAUAACGAGACUAUCAUCAAAUAAUCUUGUGAAGUCAUUGUCACAAUGAGGACAGGAAAAGAAUUCUGUUUUUAAAGGAGAUCUUCAAAUGAAGUCCAAUUGACAGAUCAAACAAAAUUUUAUUGGUGAACGUGAAUACGCUUUAUUUCGGUCAUGGAAAAGAGCAAUUACAAUUAAUUCUCGUGUUCACUUAUGUGUAUAAAGUAGAUGUCUUUUAUUAGAACGCGUGGGCAACUGCUUAUACUGAACAAGCAAAAGGCGAAGGAACUUUCAACCAAACACUUCCGUGUAAAUCAUUCUUCAAAUCAACGCUUGCUAAUCGAUUUACUGAUAAACCUUUUUGUAAAACUUUUCGCAACAAUGCGUGCAUUCUCCCGGAUAAGAAUUAAUUCUAAGGAAAUUUUUAUUACUACCGGAGAUUAGAUACGAACAUAGCAGAACAAUUGCCGAGCAGCAAACGUUGAUUCAUAAUCUCAAGAAACAAAGGGAAACAAACUGACAAUCACAAAUUGUUCAACGCAUCGUUCAAGUUUACAGAUAAAAUACGCAGCGGUAAAGGUUUUACGGAAUCGUAAACAAUAAAUAUACUAGAGAUUAUCAGAAACACUGUAGUAUAAUUUGAAAGUGCAAGUUUCCAAAUAUUGUGGACACUGGAUCAUAGGAUCUAACAUUCAUUUUAUAUUCCAUUUGUACCAUUUCGUUACAUAAAAAUGGACGAAAUAUUUUCGUGGCGAUUACUUUGAUCGACUGAACUUCGUUCAAUGACUAGAUAACGACUAGAAUCGCAGUGUAGUACGUCAAGGAAAUAUUCUUGUCCUACAUACAAUCCACCUCGCACCCCCUAAUUUCUUCGUGGAAAUUGCAAAACUUUAGUAGAUUAAAUUCUUCGGUAUAAUAAAAUAGAUUUUUAAUUUCACUUAUUGCACAGAGAAUUCGUGCUCGUUGAACACGAUCUUUGAUGAACACUAAUCUUUGAAAUUUGUAUUAUACGUUUAGGUACAAACGUUUAAACCCUUGCCGUACAACUUAUUUGUCAGAUGCGUCAGUCAAAACUAACUAUUCAUAGAUAUAAUUUUUAAACAAACAAUAAAAAUUAAUAUGUUGUGAAUAUUUUAUAAUCAGGGAUCAUCGAUCAGUCUAAACUAGAUAUUCAUAAGUAUAACGCUUAAAUAAACAAUAAAGAUCAAAAUGUUAUGAAUAUUUUAUAUUCAGCGAUCUUU